CAAACGACGACCAGUCUCUCCCCUCGCCCCUUCCUCUCGUAUAAUUCGCAGACCUCGGAAUGUCGUCGCAGGCAGUUGCGACGUCUGCUAGAGGUCUGCCGGAUUUCCCUUCGACCUCCAUAGAUCUAGACGACUUCGCAGAUCAACCAUGGCCCGCUCCCUCGACCCCCCGCCGACACGCCUCGCAGCCACAGGAUGAAACAGAGCAAUCGCCUGCAGAGGAUGGUCAUUCUUGGACUGAAAUGGACGCCCAACAAAGACAACAAGCCGUUGGCAAUCUGUUGGCGGCUUUGGCACCCAUAAGCCCUGAGCAGACCGCAACUGUGGCAGACGGACCAACGAUGCAUCGAGGCCUUUCUGCUGGUGAAGGUCAUACCCCAAACAACCACGCAAAUGCCAGUGAAUAUAUGAUGCAAGACACAGAUCUAGGCAACCAGAAUGUGAAUGCGAAUGCCGCCAUCUCUAUUCCUCCACUCCCUCCUCUAAACAAUGACGACUUCAUGGAUGAAAACGCCCCUCCACCCUUUCCUUCCUCUCUCCCCCAGGACUCGGUCGACCAAUCCCAAGCAACUCUACUUGGAGAUGAUACCUUCACCAUGGGUCAGACAGAACCACAAGCACCAAUGCCGUCUCAAGGACCCCCGCCUGAACGAAGAGAAAUCGAGGCUUUCGCAAAGAUCGAAUUCGAAGAUGGAAAUUAUUACAUAACAACUUAUGCAUGUGAAUUGGGUCGCGAUGCCUUUGCGUAUAGAGCCGCUUCAGCAAGAGCCGCCGAGGCGCGUCAGGCAGACCAGGAACACGCUCAAAGUUCCAGCGGAAGACGAUCGGGAUUUCCUGAGGUCGUCUCAAGACCAGGUGAUAGUCAAGUACAGGGAAGUGUGGUUAGUGAGGCUGGCGGUUUCGGCGGUGUCGACGAGGCACCUUUGCCCAAGGAGACGGACCAUAAAGAUUCUCACCAUAUGGAUUCUCAUUCCUCUGACAUGUCUGGCGGUAGUAUCGUCAAACCCCAAGAGGUGCUAAUCAACCCGCCUUUGAUCCCAUUCGACUAUCACAAGACGGCAGAACGUCAAGCGCAGAUGGAGAACCGACAAACACGGUCGAGACAACGACAAUCAGGAAAUGCCGAAAUUGAGUCAGACAAUGAGCAGCCAGCGCCGGUGACAGCCGACCAUAUCCCUACUGCUGAUAAUUGCCCUUUAAUUCCUAUUCAUGCAUGUCGCACAUUUGAACAGUCGGAACUGGAAAACUUGAGAAGUAUCUCUCGACGACAUGUCAAGAUUUUCUGGGAUUUCGACAAAGAAUGGUUCGAAAUGAAGGUUCUUGGGAGGAACGGUGCUUUUUUGAACGACCGUUUCUUAGAGAGGGGAGAAGUCAUGCGACUUCGCGACGGCUCAAAGAUUCAAAUCUCCAAUGUCUGGAUGACAUUCCGACUUCCCAGUCAAAGAGCAGAAUCAAUCACAGAAGAUUCGGAUCGGGAAGAACGCGAAGUGGAUGAAAGCUCACUCCCUCCGCGAAGCACAUCCCCAAUAUCUGAUGAGCCUGAGAAAAGCACUUCACCUCCACGUGGUGGCGGUAAGACGAAGCUCAAGAUUACAUUAACAGCAAAUACGCCGAAGCCAUCUGCGCCUCAAGCAUCUCCGCCAGUAGCAGACCCAGUAGUAGGACCUGAUGGUCAGCUAAUACCGCCGAAAAAACGCGGACCAGGUCGACCACCCAAGGAUGGAAUCAUGUCUACGCGUGAACGUAAAGAACUGGAAAGGGCUCGAAAGCUGGCAGAGGCAAAGGCUGCUAAUGGCGGAAGGACACCAGAACCACCUUUUCUCAAAGGCAAAUAUCCCGCAAAACCUGCGGUCGUCAAAGAGGAACCUCUCCCUAUUGACACUAAGCCCGAGAAAAGAAAAUACAAAAAGAGAAAGAGAUCUGGCGAGGAGGGUGAUGUGCUUCAAUCAAUCGAAGGCGGGGAACAAGACGUACCUAGUGAGACGGACGAUCAACCUGCGAAGAAAGUCAGACAAUCAAAGUCUCCCUCGCCGGCAUAUCCACCUCUGGAAUCUUGGACAGAAGAGCAGCUCCAAAGACCCCAGGAGCCAUAUGCUCGCCUCAUUUACGAUAUCUUGAUGGAGAUUCAUCCACAGGCCAUGCCAUUGAAACUCAUCUAUCGAGCCAUCAAGAUGAGGUAUCCCUUCUAUGUUCACAUUGUCGAAUCGGAAGGUUGGCAGAGUAGUGUGAGACACAAUCUGAACCAGGAAUGGAAUAAACUUUUCGAGAAAGACAAGAAGGAGGGCAAAGGAUGGGCGUGGAAGGCCAUACCGGGCGCUCUACAGCCGCAAGCCGAGAGGAGGAAGGCUGCUCAGCAAGCUGCAGCAUCAAAGCCCAAGCCCAAUCCUGCACCACGUCAACCACCUCAACAAGGACCGCCUCCGCCAUUGAAUUGGCAAAACAAUAUGUCAUAUCCACCCAAUGGGAUGCACCCACAAGGGCCCCCUCCACCCUUCUUUGGUGCAGGUCUGAACGGUCCCGUACCACCGCCAAACGGCAUGCCAUACCCACCACCAUUUGCCGCUGGAACGCCAUCGUCGAAUCCAAAUGGACCUGGCCCUCACCCUCCUGGCCAACCGCCUAGCCAAUUUUACCCCAUCCCACAAGGUAACCGUCCGCCGUUUCCUGGAGCAGCUCUUCAGCAACCUACAGGCAAGCAAAGCGCUGGUCGACCAUCUUCGUCCACCCCUGGGCCCUCUCCAGCUGCCGCAGCUAGUUCAUCGGCACCGAAUAUGCCUUGCACCACCGCAGGUCUCCUCAAAAUCCGAGAAUUUGAAGUUGCCAUGUAUCAGCAAGAGCCCGAUGCGCGUAAGGUCCAAGUCUACCAGAGAAUAUUCGCCUCGGCUAAGAGACGGAUGCUACAUGGAGCAACUACUACUUCAAUGGCAGAGGGGGACAGUACCGAAGAACAUGUCAUUAUGCGACAACUUCAAGCGAUUAUCAACGAAUUCAGAAACCCUAACUUUGUGGGAUUUUCAAACACUGCACAUGCAGUGAAUGCUCCUGUCAUUAUGACACCGGUGCCUGCUCCAAUAGCUGCCACUCCCGUCCCACCAGCACGAACUGCGACUCCAGCGACUACAGCUCCUGUUAAUAGUCCCAGUACUGUCAACAACUCCAAUGCUGCUAACACUGCUGGUAGACCUAGUCCACAGACUAGCACUAUUGCAUCUAUGUCUAUUGAGAAGCAGUCGCCAGAGGCGACCAGCUCAACCGCCACUGUCGAGGUACGGAUCGCAGAAAGCCCUGGACAAGGUGGCGGCUCUGCAAUGCAGCAGAACUAGAAGCUCUACUGUGGCAGACAUCACACCGUGAGGAGUUGGGUGACUUGAAGUGAUGCUUGGGCAUGAUCAGAAUGCUCAGCAAUAAGGUGAUUGGUGUAACAUUACUUUUGUUGCAGCAAGACACAUUUUAUGAGGUUGGUUCUUAUGCAAGUGAUGGAAACGAGGACUUAUGAUUUUGAUCACGAUUAUGCCUGGGUCGGAGUGUAGGCUUGUUGGGUGUCUUCUCAUUCUUAUCUGCGAGUCAAUAUUGGCCUGGGUGUCAAUGGUAUCGUGGGUUUAACAUUAUUGAAAGGACAGACUCAUGCGGUUUGGGGCAUUGGCAGGAUCGUUUGGGAUCCCAUCGAGUCGACCCAGAGAGCUUGAUGAUGUACAUGGUAUGAUGUCCAGAAUACAUCUUAGACCUCUUUUUGGGCACAACAGCAUUACUCCGUAGUUUUUGCAGUCUAAUAGUAUAUCGCCUAGAAUUAGUUAUGAUGAUGAGCGAUUCGUAUAUAGGGUAAACAUUGUCAACAACACCAA